GUAUUAGACUAUUUUCCUCACAAACAAACAAUGGCUGUGGAUGUAGCAAUGCAGCUAUACCUAUGUUCUUCACCCUUGCGAAGAGAGACGUGUGCCUGCAAAAUUGCUCCGAAGCCAAGCAAGCCGUUGCGGCCCUGCAUCCAGCUGACUAGCAAGGCUGUGCUGAAUGGACCAGAAGAGGCAGCAAACUCCUUCACACACAACAAAGUGAAGAAGAGGGUGUCGUUUGCAGAUAGCAGAGGCUUUGCUCUGACGAUGGUGAAGGUGUUCUCAGAGUUUGAUGAUCCACUAGAUAUUCCUUUUAACAUCACCGAGCUGAUAGACAACAUUGUGGGUCUGACAACAGUGGAGAGGGACAGCUUUGUCCUGGAUUUUGUUCAGCCCUCUGUGGACUACCUGGACUUCAGAAACCGCCUCCAGGCAGACUGUGUCUGCCUUGAAAACUGUAUGCUGAAGGAGCGCUCUGUUGUGGGAACAGUGAAGGUGAAGAACCUUGCUUUUGAAAAGACUGUGAAGAUCAGGAUGACGUUUGACACUUGGAAAAACUUUGUAGAUUACCCAUGCCAGUAUGUCAAGGAUACGUACGGAGGAUCAGAUCGGGACACGUUUUCCUUUGACAUCAGCUUGCCCAAGGGAAUUCAAUCCCACGAAAGAGUUGAGUUUGCCAUCUCCUUUGAGUGCAAUGGGAAGGUGUACUGGGACAGCAACAAGGGCACAAAUUACAAGAUCAUACGGUCAGAACUGAAGUCUGCCCAGGAAGCUGUCUGCCCCCCACGGGGCCCUGACCUUGUCAGUGCCUUUGACCAGUUUGGGAGCCCUCGGUGCUCCUAUGGCCUCUUUCCCGAGUGGCCCAGCUAUUCGGGCUAUGAGAAGCUAGGGCCUUACUAUUGACCCAAGGACAAAGUCCUGACUGACUGUUGCUGGUGUGCCCGCAGGCCUGGGAGCUGGUCUGAACAUGAGAUGGACGGAAGGCUGGAAGAAGUAUGGCUCCAUGUAGCUCUGCAUAAG